UCAAGCUUUGAACAUGCACACUUCUACAAUAAUGAUAUUGUGCGCGUGUGCAUUAUGUCCGCAGACGACAUUUUGUGACGUCACAAGUGACAUUAUCGGCGCACUUAAAGACGAGAUAGAGUCUAUGAAAGCUAGAAUAACGCAACUGGAAGAAAAUGCCGAUCGCGAAAGAAAAAUUCACUUUCAAGAAAGGAAACAAACAGAGAACCAGUUAAAAGCACAGAAAUCCGUUAUACAGACGUUAUUGACCAACGUGCACCACGCCGCAGGACCCUAUAUAAAUACAACCGCCAAUAUUGACCAUCACUGCCGAGUAGUGCUCGGAUACACUGUAGCCUUCACUGCAGUCAAAACGAAAGACCAAGAGGAUCUUCACUGGCGGCAGCCCGUAACGUUCGAAACGGUCAUCUACAACAGAGGUGGCGGGUACGACCCAGACAGAAGCAUGUUCAUAGCGCCUCAAAGUGGGGUCUACAUGUUUUCGAUCACUCUUGGUUAUCAGUCUGCGAUCCACUCGUUCUACUGCGAGCUAAAUCAUAACGCUCAAUCCGUAGCAGGGUUUUACGGCGAUCAUGGCAUUUCGGGAAGCGGUAGUCAAACCGUGGUCAUUGAAGUUCAAGCUGGUGAUGCCAUUUGGGUAUGGGUCUUGACCCAGACCAAGGAGGUGAUCUCUGGACGAAGUUUAAGUUCAUUUUCGGGCAUACUGUUGGUACCACUGUAUAACAACGGUCACAACUGAAGCAACAACAAAAACAAGAAUUAUGGACUUUUUUUAAAUCGAUGGUUUGUAGUAUUAUUGUCUGCUAUUAAGGAACCAUAUUUAUUCCAGUACAUAUGUCUUAUAAAUCAAAAUAAACCGACAAGGACA